GGUCUUUGUGGAGCAUUUGUCCCCUGUAUUCUGGCAUGUAGGAUGGCUUCAGACUUCGGAGAGUGCUGCUGCCUGCCAUGUCUGCCGGGCACUUUGCUCGCCAUGAGGACCGGCGUCAGGGAACGAUAUCACAUCCCGGGAACUAUCUGCAAUGACUGCGUGUGCCUGACGUUCUGCGGACAGUGCACGCUUUGUCAGUUGGCCCGUGAGCUGAAACAAAGGAACUGAUGGGACCGUACGGAGACACGCCGAGCCUCAAUGGACUGUAACAUACAGAGGGAUGGUCGCUGACUGACCACCGCACCCAAUGUGGAAGGAAGUGGCGCCAUACUGUGCACACAAAGCCCCUAUACACCUGCCCACCGCACCCCACCACUGGCCGUACCGAGAAGGACGACUGCCCUCUCUCCAUGUUAUAUAAUAUUCUCC